AUGGCUUUAGAGAGAAGAGGUCGACGGUUAACACUCAUGUUAGAAGCGCUAAAUGACUGGACAGCUGUACUGGAUGCUUUAGAACUUGUAAUGCGGCAAAUCGAGCUGCCUUGUGGCAUUGAGAUAGACGGCGAAAGACUUCAAUACUUGAUGUUUGCAGACGACAUAGUCUUGAUUGGAAGCGAACCGAGUGCACUCGAAAGCUCCCUGAAUAUUUUGAGCGAAGCCUCCCAAUCCAUUGGACUUGUAAUACAUCCAGGAAAAACCAAAUGGAUGAAAAACAACUACACCAAUGACUAUCGUUUAUGCAUGAAAGGAUCAGUCAUUGAAGAAGUCUCAUCGUCACCUAUCUUGGCCAAGCAAUAA